AUGCUGGCUGUUGAUGGUGCUCACAUCCUGGGAGUGGAUCAUAACAAACAUCCAGUUACGGCCCAGUGCCGCUUUGGCCACCGCGCCAGACCACGGGCCCACGGGUUCUGGGUCCCCGACCGAGAAGGCCACGUGAUCGGCCCCUUCACAGGUCGGGAGUGGGACGUCGAUGGAGCCUCUUCCGCACAUGACUUCCAAACUGCCAUGAUCGGAUCCGCGACCAUGUACCUAGACAGAGCGGAAAUCAAAGACACCGAGGUCUCUUCAAGCUACGGUGUUGACUCCGCGCGACCAGCAAGUGAUUUUUCUGUGCCCAGUGGCCAUUGGACUGCAACUCGAUCGCGCGCGCGUCCGACCGAAGACCGGAUGUCAAGAUCCUCUGCCCCACGUCGACUGCUUGCUUCCUGGAAUAGCCGCCUGGUACCCCGCCCAAACAUGUCGUCACGCACAAAGUCCCGCGUCGAUCAGAUCUCCAACCACUUGGCCUCCUCAAAGCCCUCUUUUCUCGAAUUGAACACGCCUUUCUCCACCGAACGCAUUGCACAUCUCGAGGACGAGCAAGGCAAUCGCAUUGUCCGUACCGUCAAGCCUAAGCCAAAAGAAGCCGGCGGCAUCAAAGUGAGGCGUGUCUCUGUCGACUGCGACAAGGUGUACGACAGUCCCAAAAGUCCCAGGAGAGAAGCGAAAAGUGGAAACAACAAACCGUUCAAGACUCCGAUCAAGACGACGCCAUUCUCGCUCCCCAAAACCAUGUCUAGCCAGGCUGCUCAUCCCGCGCUGCUCAUUCCUGGGCCCAUUGAAUUCCACGAUGACGUGCUCAACUCUAUGAGCCAUUACAGUGAAUCGCAUGUUGGUGCCCCUUUUGUCAACACCUUCAGUCAAGUCCUCCAGAACUUGCGCAAGCUUUUCCAGACCACCGACCCCGCCUCGCAACCCUUUGUCAUUUCUGGCUCUGGCACUCUCGGCUGGGACCAGGUCGCUGCCAAUCUGGUAGAGCCUGGCGACGAGGUCCUCGUCCUACACACCGGCUACUUUGCCGACUCCUUUGCCGACUGCUUUGAGACGUACGGUGUCAAGGCCACACAGCUCAAGGCGCCCAUUGGCGACCGGCCGCAGCUCGACGAGGUGGAGAAGGCUUUGAAGGAAAAGGACUACAAGAUGAUCACCGUCACCCAUGUUGACACAUCGACUGGUGUGCUCAGCGAGAUCAAGGCCUUGAGCGAGCUCGUCCACAGGGUCAGCCCAGACACGUUGGUCGUCGUGGACGGUGUCUGCAGUGUUGGUUCAGAGGAGAUUCGAUUCGAUGACUGGAAGCUCGAUGUUGUCCUGACCGCCUCGCAAAAGGGUAUUGGCUGCCCCGCUGGUCUGAGUAUCAUGAUGGUCUCUGGAUGUGCUAUUGAGCGCUUCAAGGCGAGAAAGACAAGACCUACUUCCUACUUUGGCUCGUGGAAGAAUUGGCUACCGAGUAAGCAUCUCCCACUUGCGCCACCCGAAGACAGGAAAGCUAAUUCUAGUCCAGUCAUGCAAAACUACGAAGCAAAGAAGCCCUCCUACUUCGCCACCCCUUCCCCUCAACUCAUUCACGCCCUAGACACCGCCCUCAAGCAGAUUCUCUCUCGCCCCAUUGACGACUACUUCGCCGCGCACAAAGCCGCUUCGCAAAAAGUCAAGAAGGCCGUCGCAGACCUCGGCCUAAAGCAACUCGCCGAGAAACCCGAGAACCAGGCUACUGGCAUGACAGCCAUCUACCUGCCCGACGGCAUGACGCCUCCCGACGUGUUGCCCAACUUACUCAAGAAGGGUGUCAUCUUCGCGGGGGGCCUACACAAAGAGAUUGCGUCCAAGUAUAUCCGAUUUGGACACAUGGGCGUGAGUGUGACGGAUCCCAAGAGGCCUGAUAUUACCAAGGCAAUUGAUAGCUUGAAGGAGGCAUUGGAAGAGGCGGGAUAUAAGAAGGCUUAG